ACUGCUGAUUGUGUGUAUAUAUACCGGUGUUGCUCAGUGUCCUAACUACCCGGCCCCUCUUGCCAUUUCUCUGUUUCUGCCUGGAUUUGUCACUUGGAGUGUGUACCAGGGAACGAUCUAGGGAGAAAUGGCACGGAGGGAAGACGAUUCUUACACGAACGGGUCAGUGUCGAUGAAUGAUUUCUCCGUGGAGGAUGGGAGGAAGGAGAAAGAGGUGUAUGACCACGACGAGCCUGAGCAGGACGGGCUUUGUGGCAUGCCCGUUUCUGUUCCUUUCCUGCAGAUGCUCCUCGCCGAGUUUUUCUCGACAUACUUCUUGUUGUUCGCCGGAAUGGGCGCCAUCGUGGUGAACAACGAGAAGGACGGCGCGCUGACGUUCCCUGGGAUCACCAUGGUGUGGGGGUUGGCAGUCAUGGUCAUGAUCUACACCGUCGGCCACAUCUCCGGCGCACACAUGAACCCCGCCGUCUCCCUCGGCUUCGCCAUCGCCGGCCGGAUGCCCUGGAAGCGGGUGCCGGCGUACAUGCUGGUGCAGGUGUUCGCGGCGAUAAUCGUGAGCGUGGUGCUGCGGCUGAUGUUCGGCGGGCGGCACGAGUUCGUCCCGGUCACGGCGCCCACGGGCUCCAACAUCCAGUCGCUCGUCACGGAGUUCACCACCACUUUCUACCUCGUCUUCGUCGUCAUGGCAGUCGCAACAGACGACAGAGCGGUGGGAUCCAUGGCCGGGGUGGCCGUGGGCGCAACCAUCACGCUUAACGCGCUCUUCUCCGGUCCGGUGACGGGAGCAUCGAUGAACCCGGCGAGGAGCAUCGGGCCGGCGCUGGUGGGGGGCAAGUACACGUCGCUGUGGGUGUACAUCCUGGGGCCAUUCGCCGGCGGGGCGGCUGGGGCGUGGGCUUACAACCUCAUGCGCUACACCGACAAGCCUGCUGCAGUACUAAGCGACGUCGCCAAGAGCACGGACAGGGCAGCCUAGGAAAGAACUGUACCUGCGGACCGAUCGACCCGUCCAAGAAAUUAAGGAGAAAAUAAUUGGACCAUGCAUUUCCUAGCCUAUCUAGCCUUAGAUAUUAUCGAUCUACGUACUUACGGAGGAAGUAUAUAUGGAUACUUAAUUAUGUGUAUGUAGUGAUUAUUAAUUAGUGAGAUGAUAUAUAUAGCUGACAUGUAUGUAGCCGGUCCUGUACUGUUUUACGGCUAGCUGGGCUGUAAACGGUUUAUAUAUGUACUGGUUUAAACAACU